AUGUACAAGCCAUUUGAUCAAACGAGAGCUUACCGCUUGAUAAGGAAUGUCCUCAACCGCUCGACCUUCCAUGGCCUCAAGUGUUCAAACAUUCGGUCAUUCCGCCUCAAAGGUACUCGGCCAUCCGCCUCAAGGUGGCUCGACCAUCGACCCUCACAGUGGUCCUGGCCAUCCGGCCUCACAGGUGCCUGGCCAUCCAGCCUCACAGGUGCCUGGCCAUCCGGCCUCACAGGUGAUCGACCACUCGGCCUCUACUGUUCGGCCUUCCGUGCCUCAAGUAUUCAAGUAUUCGGCCUCACAAGUACUCGACCAUCAACCCUCACAUGUAUUCAGCAACUCGGCCUUUACCGUUCAUCCUCCAUGGCGUCAAGUGUUCAGGCAUUCAACCAUUCUUCCUCACAAAUCUUGUCUACUAGGAGAUUCUUCAGGAACUCCUGGGCCACGGACGGUUACUCUCGUCUACUGGGAAGUUCUCCAGGAACUCUUUGGGCCAACAGACGGUCAAUUUCGUCUAUUGGGAGUUUCUCCACAGGAACUCCUGGUCCACGGACAGUCAUUAACGUCUACUGGGAAGUUCUUCAGGAACUCCUGGGCCACAAACGGUCACUCUCGCCUACUGAUCAUCAAAAUAAUUUUGGAUUCUGGGUUAAUUUGUUAUUACUUCCCUAUCAGUACGACCCAGAGAAUGAAAAAUUAGGGGAUACGCUGAGGAGAGCUACGAUGCCAGACAGAACUGUUAUUCUAACAAUGGUAGAUGAAUCAUUGGCAAGUCCAGGAUCUCUCCUUGAAAUUUUACUACAAAGCUUCAAAUCAGGUGAAGGGACUCAAAGGUUAGUGAAUCACUUAGUAAUCAUAGCCAUGGACCUCCAAGCUUUUGAGUACUGCAGGUCCUUGCACCCCUAUUGCAUCCACCCUUCCAUCUUUCCGCGUCAUUUUGCCACAAAAACACAAUCCAUUAUGACAACCUCGGCUGAUAAGUUAUUCACUUGGACAAGAAAGGAUGUCUUGUUUGAAGUGAUUCGAUUGGGUUACAACAUAAUUUUCACGGAUCCAGAUGUACUGUGGCUUAGAAGUCCAUUGAUAAACUUAAAUCCAAUUGAUGAACUCACAAUUUCAUGUAGUGAGUUAAGUGAUGGAGAAAGUGGAAGUUACCUGUAUGAUGAGGGAAUAUUCUUCUUGAAAGCAAAUACCAUUUCCUUCGAAUUUUUCAACUAUUGGAAAUUGACCAAGAUUCUUUAUCCAAACGAUCCCGUAGAAGAGUCAUUGUGUACAACAAUAAAAGCAAGGCAAGAUAUAGCUGACUCGUAUGGCUUUCGGAUUCAUUUAGUAAAUACAAGCUCUUUUGGUGGGUUUUGUCAGCUAAAAAAGGAUAUGUUCAAGGAGGUUUAUACCAUUCAAGCUAACUGUUGUGACGAUCUAAAAAGCAAAGUUCAUGACCUGAGGAUUGUUCUAUAUGAUUGGAUUCGCUUCAGAAAACGUGCACCAGGGGACAAUGCUUUGGAUAAAAUGGCUUUGAGGUGGCCGCAGAAGUGCUUCAGAAGAAAUCAUACUUAGAAUCAUAUACCGUUCUCAAUUGUUUUAGAAGGAACUAUUUUGAAAGCUUUCCCUCAUCCAAAUCUUUAAGUUUAGCUGAACUGAUAUGUUAUCACUCAGUCUAGCUUUAAUGUCCAUGUCUUCGGAGCAUCAUAACAGGUUUUUUUCUGCUUCUAUUUUGGAAAAGCUCUAAAUAUAAAACAACUUAUAAAAUAAAACAGCUUAGGACAAUUGUGGUUUUGACCAAAAAGUAGUUCAAAGA